GUAAUUGUGUAUUCCUUUGUCUUCAUUCAAUCAUUCUCUAACCCAUCAAUCAUAAACAAGUUUAUAUUGUACAACUACAUAACCACUACGGCUUUCUGAUUAACUACUUCUUGUUAGUUUAAUCCUUGGUUUAAUCCCAAAUGAUAUAUAGAAUACAGAAAACUACGUUCAAACUCAAAACCCUCCUCUCAAGUCUCUACAAAAAUUUCCCUCGCCACUCUUCACAAAACCAAGCAUGCGUUCCUACAUGGCACCAACGCCCUCUCCGAGCCCCUUUUUGCCGCCGCCACCCCCACCUCCGGCGACCAAAAGCACCAGCUUGCCUAUGUUGUAUUAUGGCCUCAUAGUUGUUGGAACUGCCGCUAUUGUUCUAGCCAUGUACAAUCUCAUCUUCAUCAAAUGGUCCGCCCCGCGCCACCCCCCAUCAUCACCGAGAAAUGUUAGGUCCAACGCUUUUGUUGAGGCUGCAAGGUCAGCAAGGAGCAGGAGCUUUGAGAACUUGGACAGCUUCAAGUACAAGAAACAGAAGGAGGGGUCAGUGGCUCUAGAACAAGGUCAAGUACUGAUCGAUUAUGAAUGCGCGGUUUGCUUGUCGGUGUUUGAAGAUGGAGAAGAGGUAAGGAAGUUGCCUAGCUGCAAGCACUCGUUUCAUGCUCCUUGCAUAGAUAUGUGGCUUUACUCUCACUCAGAUUGCCCGCUCUGCCGGGCAACGGUGCCAGUCGUUUCUUGGUGCCACCGGGAGCUAACCACUACUACGCCGGAGGAGCAUUCCAGAGAAGUCCUGCUGGUUUCUAGCAGCAUCACAAGUUUGGUGCCACCGGGAGUUAACCACUACUACGCCGGAGGAGCAUUCCAGAGAAGUCCUGCUGGUUUCUAGCAGCAUCACAAGUUCGCCGGUUUAAGGUUUUUGGUUUCUUUCCAGAGAAAAAGGGAAAAAGAAAAUUAGGGCUCUUCAGUUUCUUAGUUUUGGGUUUUGGUGUUUGAUGGUUUCUGAUAUAAGGACGAUGAUAACAAGGAAUUCAGAGUAGAAAACAAGGUUCAGGGGACAGAGGGUAAUAGGAAAACAGUUGGACCCAACUAAACUGGCAAGGCCUGCCCACUGUUGUAUAUGAUACUGAAAUUUUUGGUGCUUUGGCUAUAUUAAGCUGUAAGUUGCACAUUUGUUUCUUAAUAUUCUGAAAAUGAUCAAAACAGAUUGUCAA